AUGGACAUCAUGGACAUCAUGGACAUCAAGGACAUCAAGGCCAUCAUCAACCAGGCACCUGUGCCAGGAUAUGUCCUGCUUCCCGUCGGGGCCUUAGUGCUCUUUGUUGCCUUCAAGGUGGUCUACAACGUAUACUUCCAUCCCUUGCGCAAGUUCCCUGGCCCUUUGGCAAACAAGCUCAGCAUCAUCCCCUAUUUGUGGUCAGUGUUCAAAGGAAAGCAAUCCUAUGAGCUACUCAGACUCCAUAGCAAAUAUGGCCAUGUCGUCCGUUACAGACCAAACGAACUCAGCUUCAGCUCAGCCAAGGCGUGGAAAGACAUAUAUGGCCCUCGCUCAGGCUAUCAACCCUUCACUAAGGGCCCUUAG